AUGAACGGUGGUCGACGAAAAUCAAACAUCUGUGAAACAACUGGUUUGAGCACACAUCAGAAGGCGCUGUUGUCGACAACAUGGCGUCAGUUACCACGUGGUCUAGUGUUUGAACUUGGCAAACGCGUUUUUGAAACGAUCUUUGAACGAGACCCCAAUUUAUUGGUUGUGAUAAAUUUGGAGCAUUUGCAAGACACGAACGAGUGGCGUGAGCAUGUAAAUUUUCGAAUGCAUGCCCAGCGCUUUAAUGACAAAAUCGUCAGCAAUAAAUAA